AAGACAGCUCCUAAAGUUUGCUACUUUUGUGACCAGGAAGGACAUAUAAAAAAAGAAUGCUCUCAAUUCAAAGACAAAACUACUCAAGAAGUAGAAAGUCUUCCAGAAAAUGAAGAGAAAGAGGAAUUGAAAGAAGAAGCAAUGAGUAUAGAAACACCAGAUGAGCAAGAGAUAAAAGAUAUCUCUUAUAGCACAGAUGACGAAAUAGAAGAUACUUAG